AUGGGAGAAGAGAUGACUCGGAUUAUGAUCGGAGUGAACGAGUCAAGCUUGAAGGGUUAUCCACAUCCUUCGAUCAGCAGCAAAGGUGCUUUCGAAUGGACGAUCAAGAAAAUUGUUCGGAACAAUGUUUCUUCUUUCAAUCUUCUUUUUCUUCAUGUUCAAGUUCCUGAUGAAGAUGGUUACGAGGACGUGGAUAGUAUCUAUGCAUCUAAUGAAGACUUUAAGAACAUGAAAGAGAAAGAAAGAGUUAGAGGGACUCAUCUGCUGGAAUACUUUGUCAGUAGGUGUAAUGAAAUUGGGGUGGCCUGUCAAGCAUGGAUUAAGCAGGGUGACCCCAGAGGUGUAAUAUUGAAUGAGGUGAAACGGCUACAUCCAGAUUUACUAGUUGUGGGAAGCAGAGGUCUCGGACCUUUCCAAAAGGUUUUUGUUGGCACUGUCAGUGAAUUUUGUUGGAAGCACGCUGAAUGCCCUGUCGUGACUAUCAAACGCAGUGCAGAUGAAACUCCGAGGGACCCUGUUGAUGACUAG